UUUUUUUCCACUCUCUCUCUCUGAAAAAAGCUACCCUUGUAACCAACCAUUCACUCUUCCUCGAGAUCUUUUUUGCCUAUUGAAAUCUGCUUUUUUUUAUUUUUUUCCCGUUCAUUUUAACUCAUAAUUUGCUUUAAUUUCAAUCCAAUUAAAAGCAACAAACCCAAGAAAUAUUUGUAAACCCAGCUCCAAAACUUCAAGAAACUGCACACUUUACUCAUUUUAUUCAACUUGUAAGUGAAAAUGUCUGUUUCAAACCCACCAGUAUUAGACCCUCUGCAACCACCACCAAUGGCGGUGAUGGCCCAACAGGCGGCCUACACAGCUCAUUCGGGUCAUGGGUCUGUUGGACCCGUUAUUGGUAUACUUGCAGUGAUAACAAUACUGUGUGCUUUAUCUGUGAUGAUCGGGCGGCUUUGUUCGGGUCGUAGAGUAAUGGGUUAUCAAGGGUACGAUCUUGAAAGGUGGGUUGAGACAAAAUGCUCCUCUUGUAUUGAUGGAAGCUUUAAUACUCACCCAUCGCCGCGCAUGGAGGCGGAGCACCGUGUCAGCAGCUCCUCCGAUGCAGUGCCGGCACUAGAGACACCUUCGGAAGCUACGGAAGAACAAGUAGAGGUGGCGGAACAACAUACGAAUUCGCAAGAUGAACAUCCUCCACAUGAAAGAGCUGAGUCUUGAAGACAAUCAUAUCUCGUGGUCUGGGAAGGAUUCUACAUUCAGAUCCCUCUCAUUGGUUUGAUCACGUGAAUGGGCAGCUUUUUGUCAACAAAUUGCGGCAGCUGCAGGCUGAGCCACCCUCAAAACCACCCAACCACCGCCGCCCCAGUACCGGAAUCUACUUCCAUCCCAAUUCAUUAUUUCUGAGGACCCUUGGGACAGUACAGACUUCAGAUACAGUACACAUUAGAAAUUUGACUGCAAUUUGUAUCUAUUCCUCAUUCCAUUGUCGUAACACUCUAUUAUCACUUUUUUUUUUCCGUGACCAGUUUGUUGA